AAUACAAAUGUCUGAAAAACCUAAAUAUUUGUGGGUGAUUUGUACAUUUUGUUAGUUUUUAUUCUUUAAACCUUGUGCUCCAGAGGUAUUUUGAAAAAAAAAACUUAAUUUAUGACUACAAAUAUCUUUGAUGAUACAAUUACUCAUAGCAUACCGGUAAUUGUUUUAAUUGGAUUUAAUGGCGUUGAACAAGUUAACCAUUGACAAACUUUCUUUGGUAGGAAAGAGGGUGUUUAUGAGAGUUGAUUUCAAUGUACCUUUGAAAGAUGGUAAAGUGACCAAUAAUCAACGCAUAGUGGCUGCUUUGGAGAGCAUUCGAUAUGCACAAAACAAAGGUGCAAAAUCAAUAGUACUGGCUUCUCACUUGGGCAGGCCAAAUGGUAUGACAAAUCUCAAAUACUCCUUGUUUCCUGUGGCUGAAGAGCUAAAGAAAUUAAUGAAUUCAGAAGUUGGAUUUCUUAAGGACUGUGUCGGUCAGGAAGUUGAAAAGGCUUGUGCUAAUCCAAAAAGUGGAUCAUUAAUUCUUCUUGAAAAUUUACGUUUUCACGUUGAAGAAGAAGGGAAAGGAAUUGAUUCUGAUGGUAAAAAAGUUAAAGCCAUGCCAGAAGAUGUAAAACUCUUUAGACAAUCAUUGAGAAAACUAGGUGAUGUUUAUGUAAACGAUGCAUUUGGAACAGUGCACAGAGCUCACAGUUCUAUACUUGGGGAAGGGUACACAGAACGAGCUGCAGGAUUUCUGUUAAAAAAGGAACUCACUUAUUUUGGGAAAGUUUUAGAGACACCUGAGAAACCUUUUCUGGCAAUCCUCGGAGGAGCAAAAGUAUCAGAUAAAAUUUUGCUUGUAGAGAACCUUUUGAUGAAAGUCCAAGAAAUGAUAAUUGCUGGUGGAAUGGCAUUUACUUUCCUCAAAGUACUCAACAACAUGGAAAUAGGUGCUUCACUAUUUGAUCCAAAAGGUGCUGAGAUUGUGAAUAAUAUAAUGGGUAAAGCGAAGGAAAGAAAUAUUCAAAUUCAUCUUCCAAGUGAUUUUGUAACUGGUGAUAAAAUGUCAGACAACGCAAAUAUUGGGACUGCCACCAUCAAGAGUGGUAUAGACAAAAAUAUGAUAGGCUUAGAUAUCGGACCAAAGUCUUCUGAGGACUUCAAGAAAGUUAUAUUAAGGGCUAGAACAGUAGUUUGGAAUGGUCCACCAGGUGCUUUUGAGAUCGAUAACUUUUCAAGAGGUAGCAAGGCAAUGAUGGAUGCUGUGGUUGGUGUAACGCAGACUGGAGCAACAACAAUCAUCGGAGGAGGAGACACAGCUACUUGUGCGGCCAUGUUCAACACAGAAGACAGAGUCAGUCAUGUGUCUACUGGGGGUGGAGCCAGCUUGGAACUGCUGGAGGGUAAAACCCUGCCUGGCAUUGCAGCCCUCAGUGAUGCUUGAUUGCAGUUGAUGGAUUGGCAACAAGUAAAUUGGAUAGUUGAAGGAAAUAUAAAUUAUCUAAUCUUAA